GGCACCCCGGUUUCUACUGAGCUGCUCUCCUCGGCUCUCGCCCACCGCUCUGCCUGGAUCUCAGGGGCGGCGCCGCAUCGGGGCCCGCCCCGCGGUCCUACCGGCCCCGCGCUCGUUCGCGCCCAGAGCCGGCCGGAGCCUGGGCCGACCGGGCCAUGUCCGCUGAUCCUGAGCUCAUUGAACUGCGGGAACUGGCACCGGUGGGGCGCGCCCGCCCGGGUCGCACCCGGCUGGAGCGUGCCAACGCGCUGCGCAUCGCGCCUGGCACAGCGCGCAAUCCGGCAAGGCAGCCGGUCCCGGGCCGAGGUCACCGCUUCCAGCCUGCGGGGCCCACCACGCACACGUGGUGCGACCUCUGCGGCGACUUCAUCUGGGGCGUCGUGCGCAAGGGCCUGCAGUGCGCGCAUUGCAAGUUCACCUGCCACUACCGUUGCCGCGCGCUCGUCUGCCUGGACUGCUGCGGGCCCCGGGACCUGGGCUGGGAACCGGCGCUGGAGCGGGACACGAACGUGGACGAAGCUGUGGAGUGGGAGACCCCUGACCUUUCUCAGGCUGAGACUGAGCAGAAGAUCAAGGAGUACAAUGGCCAGGUCAACAGCAACCUCUUCAUGAGCUUGAACAAGGACGGCUCCUACACAGGCUUCAUUAAGGUUCAACUGAAGUUGGUGCGCCCUGUCUCAGUACCCUCCAGCAAGAAGCCACCCACCCUGCAGGAUGCCCGGCGGGGCCCAGGGCGGGGCACAGCUGUGAGGCGCCGCACCUCCUUCUACCUGCCCAAGGAUGCGGUCAAGCACCUCCAUGUGUUGUCACGCACGCGGGCACGAGAGGUCAUCGAGGCUUUGCUGCGCAAGUUCUUGGUGGUGGAUGACCCCCGCAAGUUUGCGCUCUUUGAGCGAGCUGAGCGUCAUGGCCAAGUGUACCUCCGGAAGCUGUCAGAUGAUGAGCAACCCCUGCGGCUGCGGCUCCUUGCAGGGCCCAGUGAGAAGACCCUAAGCUUUGUCCUGAAGGAGAAUGACUCUGGGGAAGUGAAUUGGGAUGCCUUCAGCAUGCCUGAGCUACACAACUUCCUGCGCAUCCUGCAGCGGGAGGAAGAGGAACACCUCCGCCAGAUCCUGAAGAAGUACUCUUACUGCCGCCAGAAGAUCCAGGAGGCCCUGCACGCCUGCCCCUUAGGAUGACCUCUUGUUACCCCUAGGUGGAAGGGGGAGAGUAGGCAGCACCAAGGGCAUGCUGUGUGAGUGUGACAGGGCCAUGUGGCCUGAGGAGUGAGUGUGCGUGGAAGCCCUCUCUUGCUGGGGGAAUGAGCCCAGAAAACAGUGAAGGAACUGGUUCCCUGUGUCCACCGGUGGGUGUAGCAGAGCAUGGCUCUGUCCCCUUUUGCCCUUCAUGUUGUGGGUCAUGGUGGGCCAGGGUUGCCCUGGGAAGCUGCUCUAGGCUUGCAGCAAGGGAAGAGCAGACAGAAGUUUCCUUAAUUGGUGUCUCAGAUACAAGAAUCUUGGAGACCCUACCACCAGGGUCGUGUUUACAGCGAUGAGGGUCCUCCUCUUUGGGGAAAGGUUGUAUGUUUUAGGUCUUCGAUGGGGUCUCAGGACAGCCUAAUCAGAGCCAAGGAUGGGUGUUCAAGAUAAGGCAGGCAUCAAAGAAGUGUCUAGGUUUCCCUCUAUGAUGCCCUCUGACUCCACACACACCCUGGGGUCAGCCAAUGCUAUCUCAAGGUAUAGCAACAGUGCCUCAGUGCCUUCUUCAAGGAGGAUGUCCCUGGGCCAGGGUCUGUGUGAGUGUCGGCAUUGGCCCAGGUCCGUGCCUUGUUUGCCAGUCAAAGCCAAGGUCUUUACUUUGGGUAUUUUUGAUGAUGCGUGUGAAUGUAUGUAACAUUUUGUGGUCUCAGCUGAAUGCCUCCUGUGGGGAAGGGGGUGGGGGUGACAAUCAUCAUCAGGACCUGGGCCUGAGAAAAUUUGGCUGAAUAAAGA